AUGGAGUCUCUGCGCAGCUUGGACUUCAACCUUGACCUCGUGGUGCCGGACGCUGCACCCAGGUUGCAAUACGUCGUCUGUUUCGUCCUAGUUGGCCUCAUCACCAAAUCGAUGACCUCCUACCUGUGGAGGUCUUUCCAAGAGCAGCGGAAGGGCUAUGGGGCCAUCCCGCGCUACCCGCAGCUAGAUCCCUUCUUGGGCCUGGACGUGGUCUUCGCGAUGGUCUCGUCCCUGAAGAAACACACCUACCUGAUGUGGCUCCGCAACCUGCACGUCGCAGGCAAGGCCAAGACGGUCACCUACAACUUCUUUGGCACGAGGUUCAUCCACACUACUGAGCCGGAGAACAUGAAGGCCAUAUUUGCCACGCCGGUCUGGAAACACUUUGGCGUCGCCCCCCUGCGACGUAACAACCGCGCGACCAUGCCUUUUGCCGACAGGGGCGUUGGCACGGUUGACGGCCACGAGUGGGAGUUUAGCAAAUCACUGAUCAAACCAGGCUUCGCUCGCGAGGCCGUCAUCGACACGCAGCGUCUGGAGGAGCACACGGAUAACCUCCUAAGCCUCAUUUCCGAGGAUGGGUCUACCUUUGACAUGCAGAUGUUGUUGCAAAGAUGGUUUCUGGAUACGUCCACCCACUUCAUGUUCGGCGAGCCCAUCGGUUGCCUCCUGCAUCCCAAACGCGCCAACGUGGCAUGGGCCAUGACGGAGGUCCUGCGCGGCUUGCGCUUCCGCCUGAUGAUGGUCAGGUGGCUCUGGCUUUUCCGGCACAAGGCGUGGUUCGAUGCCAUCGACGUCGUGCACGCCUACGUCAACCGCCUCAUCGAUAACGCGUACGCAGACUUGGCCCAGCAGCAGCAGCGGCGGCGCCAGCAGGCGGUAGCGGCAGACGGCACCAACGGCGGAAAUAGGUCGACGGUCGCCACCGAGGAGACGCCUGAGAGGACGGAUCUGCUGUGGUCCAUGAUCCCCCACUUUGGCGAGGACAAGGAACGGCUCCGGUCCGAGAUGCUGGUCCUGUUCGCGCCCAACAACGACACAACUGCCAUCCUCAUCAGCAACGUCUUUUGGAACCUUGCUCGCCGCCCCGACGUCUACGCAAAAGUCCGGGAGGAGGUACUAUCACACGGCCCGGACGCACAGCUCACCUAUGAGCGCCUGAGGUCCAUGAAAUAUCUCGACGCGGUGCUGAACGAGACGCACCGGCUAUAUCCUGUCAACCUCACGCAGACGCGAACAUGCCUCAAGGACAGCACGCUCCCAGUGGGCGGCGGCAAGGACAGGAAGCUGCCGAUUUACAUCAAGAAGGGCGAUAUUGUGCGGGUCGACAAGGUGACCAUGUUCCGGGACAAGGACCUGUGGGGUGAGGACGCCGACGAGUUCAGGCCGGAACGCUGGUCUGGAGUGUCUCCGUCCUGGCGCUUUAUGCCCUUCGGAGGCGGUCCCAGACGCUGCCCCGCGCAGACCAUGGCCACCGUCGAGGCGAGCUACUGCGUUGCGAGGUUUGCUCGCCGCUUCAAGGCCCUUGAGAAUCGGGAUGCCAACCCCUCAUACGUGCCAAUCAUUCGGGUCAGCCCAGUCCACAAGAAUGGUGUUCAGAUUAGCGCUGUAAGGGCUUAA